AAUUAAAUAUUUUGGCCGGCGGAGUUGGCACACAUGAGUGUCACCUUGACUGAUCACAAUUUUCAAAAAUGGUCCGGAAAUUAAAAUUUCACGAACAAAAACUCCUGAAAAAAGUUGACUUCAUAUCGUGGGAAGUCGACAAUAAUUUGCACGAAGUGCGAGUGCUCAAAAAGUACCACAUUCAGAAACGCGAGGAUUAUACAAAUUACAACAAAUUGGCCCGUAAUAUUAGAGAACUGGCCCGCAAAAUUAAAGAAGUGGACGCUAAGGACCCCUUCCGGACUGAGAAAAGUGCCCAAUUGUUGGAAAAACUGUAUUUAAUGGGGUUAAUACCGACAAGGUGGGACUUAAGUCUGGCCGAGAAAGUGACAGCUUCGUGCUUUUGUCGGCGGCGACUGGCCGUUGUAAUGGUUAGAAAUAAAAUGGCUGAAAAUAUUAAGGGGGCUACUAAAUUAAUUGAACAGGGGCAUGUCAGGGUUGGGCCCGAGUUGGUCAAAGACCCAGCAUUACUUGUAACUAGGACUUUGGAAGAUUUUGUAACGUGGGUCGAUAAUUCCAAGAUUAAACAACAUGUGCUUGAAUAUAACGGAAUGAGAGAUGAUUUCGUGUUGUGAUAACAUUUUCCUUAUUAAUUUUAAGUGUAGGUGGCAACACUGUCAACUAAAUUUAAAUUUGGUUACUCAGUUGGUUUGGUAAAACGAAACACCAAGUCCUUAUAAAUUUUUAUUGUUUUUCCAAAACAUACAGGAAUUGUAAAUCAUUAUGCCAUACAUGAGUGUAUCAAAAAUAAACAAAACCCAAUUCUAAAUCUUGAAAACUACAAUUAAGAUGAUUACCAACUGUUGAUACAUUUAAGCAGAAGUUGUUCCAAAAGGUAGACUUUUCAAUGUCUUUCUAAUAAUAAUUCAACAAAGAAAGUGAAACAAA